UCAAUAUUGAUCAACAAAAAGUUGUAAAAUCAAUACAUUUUGAUUCAGAAUUUUAGAUAUUUCUUGGUUUCUUGGAUAGCUUGGAUUUGUUAUUUAAUUGAAAAUUCUACCUUUAUCUUUGUCGACGCUGAUUAAUUUCUAGCCGUUUAUUUUACACUUUACAGAUAGUGCUGUAGCGGCUUCCAGCAGUCAUGAGUCCGGUGGAGAGCGUCCCCGCGGCUGUGCUACACCGCGUGGACGAAUAUGUGGAGCUGCUCUAUGACGACAUUCCAGAGAAAAUCAAGGGAUCAGCAUUGAUUCUGCAACUUGCCAGGAACCCAGACAAUUUGAUAGAACUUGCAAGAAAUGAGGCCUUACUAAGUGCUCUGUCCCGAGUGCUAAGAGAAGAGUGGAAGAGGAGCGUAGAGCUGAGCACCAACAUUGUGUACACAUUCUUCUGCUUCUCCACAUACAAUGAGUUUCAUCCAAUCAUCAUCCAGUACAAGAUAGGAUCACUCUGCAUGGAUGUUAUUGAUUAUGAACUAAAGCGCUAUGAUCAAUGGAAAGAAAAAGUUGAAGGAAAGAAAGCUGUUACACCUGAUAAGAGUGAAGUUCCCAAAAGCCGAAUCCCUGAACCAAAGCGCAGACCAAAAUCUGGUACAUGGGCAGUAGCCGAUGUGAAUUUACAGAAGUCCAGGAGCCUGGUCUCUAGUUACCACGAGGAUCUGUGCAAUGCAUCAGACGACGGGCUCUCCAAGAAUGAUGAGGAACAACUGAAGAGGAAACUGAAGACUCUGUCAAAGAGACAGGAGCAAUUGCUGAGAGUUGCAUUCUACAUGUUGUUGAAUAUUGCUGAUAAUGUGAAGGUGGAGGAGAAGAUGUACAAGAAGGAUGUGGUGGGGCUGCUGAUGCGGGCCAUGGAGCGCCACUCGAACGUGGACCUGCUCAUCCUCAUCGUCUCCUUCCUACAGAAACUCUCCAUAUUCGUAGAGAACAAGAACAGCAUGGCGUCCCGGGGAAUUGUGGAGAAGCUGGCGGUCCUGCUUGAUUCACCAAACGCUGAUCUAGUCAAUGUCACAUUAAAAUUACUGUUUAAUCUGACCUUUGAUACGAAAUUACGUAACAAGAUGAUCAAGCUUGGCCUUCUUCCUAAAAUUAUUCAAUUUACAAGUGAUGAUAAACAUAUAAACUUGGCCAUGAAAAUAUUGUAUCACUUGAGCAUGGAUGACCGAGUGAAACCGAUGUUCACUCAGUCUGAUUGUGUCAAAUUGCUAACGGACAUGCUUCUCCUCAACGUGAACGGCGAGACGGGCGGCGAGGGCGGCGGCACGGACGUUCUACUCGCCCUCUGCAUCAACCUGGCGUGGUGCCCGCGCGCCGCCGCGCUGAUGGCGGGCGAGGGGCGAUUACGGGAGCUGCUCGAGCGCGCCUUCCGGCACAACAACGCGAUGUUGAUGAAGCUGGUCAGGAACCUGUCGCAUCAUCCGCAGAAUCGACCGCUGCUCGUUGAGUUUGUAGGCGACAUAGCGGGCGCGGUGACAGGCGGCGGCGCGGAGGCGCUGGUGGCGGAGUGCCUCGGUACACUGAGCAACAUCCUGCACCCGGACACGCUGGACGUGUUCGCCGUCGUCGAGCGGUACCACCUCGUGCCGGCCAUCAUGAAGAUAUUGGACCCUGAGAGCGGUCUAGGCGGCGAGCUGGCUCUCGAGGGCGCGAUCCUGGCGGGCGCGGUGGCGGCGGACGCGCGCGCGGCGGCGGCGCUGGCGGCGGCGGGCGGCGGCGGCGCGCUCAUAGCCGCCCUCAGGGCUCGCCAGGCCGAUGAUGAACAUGUGUUGCAGACUGUGUUCGCGUUUAGACAGAUGCUGAGCCAUCCGCCUAGCGCGGAGCAUCUGGUGUCUAAGACUGAGGCUCCAGCGUACUUGAUAGAUCUCAUGCAAGACAAGAACGUGGAGAUUCGUAAAAUGUGCGACUCCUGCCUCGACAUCAUCUCCCAGAUGAAGAACGACUGGGCCGCGAGGAUCAAGGUGGAGCGUUUCCGGUGCCACAACGGGCAGUGGCUGUCGGUGGUGGAGACGCUGGGCGCGCCGGGGGGCGGCGCGGGGGCGGAGGGCGAGGGGGACGACCUGCCGCCCUACCUGUCCGCCGAGUACCUCACCACGCACCCGCUCGCCACCUCGGAUUCCCAGAAUUCAUUGAACGAUGAGUCCGACAGUUUUUCUGGAGAUGUUAUUGACUUAAAUAACAGAGAUAUCCACGACGGGUUCCUGGGCCCCCUGCAGGAGUCAGCGAAUUCAUUGGAUAGCGACACUUUGUUUGCCAACGACCUUAAAGUUUUCGCUUAAAUAUUAUAAUGCACUAAAGGUAUUCUGUAUA